CUCUCUCUCUCUCUGUCUCUGUCUCUGUCUCUCUCUCUGUCUCUCUCUCUGUCUCUCUCUCCAUCUCUCUGUUACAGCUUGUAGAGGAGUACCAGUUGAUUCUAACCAUUAAUUGCAUGAUGAGCCUCAGUGCCUCUAGAGCACUGUAGACAACACCGUAUGAACCUGUUGGUAACGUCCAGUUAGUCUAAUAAUCAUGAUGAUGUGUGUCAGGUGGAGGAGCGGUCCAAGCUGAACAGACAGAGUUCUCCUGCGCUGCAGCAUCUCCCGUCUCCAGUCGGGUCUCUGAGGCCUCCCUGCCUCCUCGCUCCGAGGCCUUCAGCACUGCAGGGAUGCAGCCGGCCCGCACCCCACCAACACACCGCCCAGUUGAACCACCGAUGGCCCAUCUGAUUCCAGUGAAGACCAUGACAGGCUCUCAGUCUCUGCAGGAGGGCACAGGAGGAGAGGCGGGGGGGAUGGGGAGGAGAGGGGAGGAGGGGGGAGGCAUGCCCCCCCGUCAGAACUCUGACCCCACCUCUGACUCGAACCCCGCCCAUCCACCUCGUACCACUAGCCGAGAGGACGAUGAGCUUCCCCCUAAGGUCCCUCAGAGAACCACCUCCAUCUCCCCAGCCCUGAUGAGGAAAAACUCCCCCAACGCACAGGGACUCAUACGAGACAGUAAUCCAGACCUGAGAGCAUCAGAGUUGUGUCUGGAUACUGCUCUACAGAGGUCCUCUCACUCCUCCUCCUCAUCCUCACCUUCAUCACAGAGAGGUCCACCAGUCCAGGAGACCUCCCCCCCAGCAGAAGCCACUCAGGAGAUCAGGAUCAGACCGGAGGAGGGGCGAGACUCAGGCAGACCCAGCAGACCUGCCAGCUAUAAGAAAGCCAUAGAUGAGGACCUAAGUGCGCUGGCUAAGGAGCUGAGAGAGUUGAGGGUAGAGGAGGGCAGUAGACCUCCAGUUAAGGCGAGAAAGGUGACAGACUACUCAUCCUCGAGUGAGGAGCGGUCAGAGAGCAGCGACGAGGACGGAGAGACGGGGCAAGAUGGGACUGUGGCCGUCAUGCCACAGCAGGGUGAAGCAUAUGAAGGUUUGACUGAAGAACCUCUGGCAGGCUCCUUCAACACAACACAGGACAGCACUCUGAUCAUGACAGAGGCGGAGGAGAGGAGGAGGGCACCAGGCCAUGGUGAGAGUAACGGGAUUCAUAGCAACCUUCACGGCAGCGGUAACCAAGGUAAUCUCCCUGACCUGGUCCAGCAGAGCUCCUCCUCUUCACCCUCAACCCUGGAUGCACUGAAAGAGCAAUUUGGAUCUAAAGCCUCCUUCUCCCCAUUCGGUGACCCACGGUCCUAUCAGACCUCCCCUACUGAAGACGAGGAAGAGAACUCAGCUGGUCUGUUCACCAGUGAGUUGCUGCAUCAGGAGCAGGCCAGACUAGCCGAGGCCAGAAAGAUCAGCGUGGUCAACGUGAACCCAACCAACAUACGACCUCACAGUGACACGCCUGAGAUACGCAAAUACAAGAAGCGCUUCAACUCUGAGAUACUGUGUGCUGCUCUCUGGGGUGUGAACCUGCUGGUGGGGACAGAGAAUGGUUUGAUGUUGCUUGACCGUAGCGGUCAGGGGAAGGUCUAUAACCUGAUAACCAGGAGACGCUUCCUACAGAUGGACGUCCUGGAGGGACUUAAUGUCCUGGUUACUAUAUCAGGGAAGAAGAAUAAGCUGCGUGUGUACUACCUGUCCUGGCUGAGGAACAGGAUACUCCACAACGACCCCGAGGUGGAGAAGAAGCAGGGCUGGGUCACUGUAGGAGAGCUGGAGGGCUGCGUACACUACAAAGUCGUAAAGUACGAGAGGAUCAAGUUCCUGGUGAUCGCUCAGAAGAACGCAGUGGAGAUCUAUGCCUGGGCCCCCAAACCCUACCACAAGUUCAUGGCCUUCAAGUCGUUCACUGACCUGCAGCACCGCCCCCAGCUGGUUGACCUGACGGUGGAGGAGGGGCAGAGGUUAAAGGUCAUCUACGGCUCCAGCCUGGGCUUCCAUGUCAUCGACGUCGACUCUGGCAACCCUUACGACAUCUACGUCCCCUCACACAUUCAGACCCAGGUGACUCCCCAUGCCAUCGUCAUUCUUCCUAAGACAGACGGGAUGGAGAUGUUGUUGUGUUAUGAAGAUGAGGGAGUCUACGUCAAUACCUACGGACGCAUCACUAAAGACGUCGUGCUGCAGUGGGGAGAGAUGCCUACUUCUGUUGCCUAUAUCCACUCUAGCCAGAUCAUGGGCUGGGGGGAGAAGGCCAUAGAGAUCAGGUCUGUGGAGACAGGACACCUGGACGGGGUCUUCAUGCACAAGAGAGCCCAGAGACUCAAGUUCCUGUGUGAGAGGAAUGACAAGGUGUUCUUUGCAUCGGUGAGGUCUGGAGGCAGCAGUCAGGUCUUCUUCAUGACCCUCAACCGUAGCUCCAUGAUGAACUGGUGAAACUAACUCCUCCCACUGUCUUCCCAUUGGCCUGCUCAGCUGUCCAUCAUGGGCCAAGGCUAAUUUAAUAAGCCAAUUAAAACAAAGGACCAAGAGAAUCAAAUCGCACCCUGAAUCAAAGAAGUGAAUUGAAAAAUAGGAGAGUCCAACACUGAAUCGAACUGAGAAAAUCAAACACUGAAUGACUCGAACGCUGAGAGAAUCAAAUAUCAAAUCAGUGUGAAAGAAUUGAAGUGUAAAUGAAUCAGGCUCCGAGAGAAUCCAACUUGAAGACAGUGAAACACUGAGAGACUACAACACUGUAACAGACAUAAAGGACUAUAAAGAAUGAAAUAAUAAAGAGAUACAUGACUAUUAUGAAGAGGAGUCUGAAGGUAGAGGAGUGUUUGGAUCAACGGGGGCGCUGGUUUCCCGGUUUUCCAAGAUCCCGACUACUGUCUGUGGAGACAGAAUCUUUCUUACUCUCCACCACUUCCCCCCUCUCCUCACCACUCCACCCCUCUCUCCACCACUCCACCCCUCUCUCCACCACUCCACCCCUCUCCCCACCACUCCACCUCUCUCUCCACCACUCCACCCCUCUCUCCACCACUCCACCCCUCUCUCCACCACUCCACCCCCUCAUCUCUAAAAUAUCGGCUAUGUCCCUUUAAAACAAAAUCCCCGCCUCUGUCUCCCUCCUCUUCUCCUCCUGUCCCUCUGUCUCCCUCCUCUUCUCCUCCUGUCCCUCUGUCUCCCUCCUCUUCUCCUCCUGUCCCUCUGUCUCCCUCCUCUUCUCCUCCUGUCCCUCCUGUCCCUCUGUCUCCUGUCCCUCUGUCUCUCUCCACCACUCCACCCCCUCAUCUCUAAAAUAUCGGCUAUGUCCCUUUAAAACAAAAUCCCCGCCUCUGUCUCCCUCCUCUUCUCCUCCUGUCCCUCUGUCUCCCUCCUCUUCUCCUCCUGUCCCUCUGUCUCCCUCCUCUUCUCCUCAUGUCCCUCUGUCUCCCCCUCUUCUCCUCCUG